AUGCUUCGAAUCGUGCUACCAAUACUUCCUCUUUUGUUUUUGUGCCAGGGUAUCUCUAUUCUUCAUUUUAAAGUGCAAAGGCGAUUUUGAGGUUAUGGCUACGUCAAAAUCUUUGCUUAUCUGAAGGAAAGAGAAAAAAUUGUGGUAACCCCGGACGAGGAUACUUCUCACAUGGCUUGUGAGGGUUGGCUUGGCUGUUGGGUGGGAUUUUCAUCUAAUUAAAUAUAUUGAUUAGAAAGAAUUUCAGGGCUACACAGUACAAUCGUCACCGGACGACGGUAUCAAUGGGUUCCUGAUGGUGACCUCCCUGAACCAAGCAUAUUUCGAGCCGAUGUUGGAUGAAAUCGACGACAGAAAAAUCGUGACGACCAUUUUUCUGAGAGUCGCAAGCUUCACCACAGACUGUCCUGCUUCCCUGUACGACAUCGAAAUGGUAAUUUUCUUCUUUCUUUCAAGAAAUCCUACCUUGAAUAUUAUUCCGUGCGUCUCAAAAAAUCGUCACAUCGCUCAGAAAAGCGCAGGGUUUUGAAACAAUGAAGGCAAAAAAUUUUUGCCCUGGAUGUGAAUCGAACCUGCGACCUUUUUGACCCCAUUCUACUUCUUACUCCACUGCGCCAUUUUGCCAAGAAGUUGUAUUCGGCCAAAACUGUAGAUUAGUUAUGUUGCUGAGAAAGUGGCCACUACAGGGUUUUCAAAUAUAGUCGACCCUAUAGUAGUCGAACUAGUGACCACUUAAGUGAAUAAAGUUUAGUGGUCUCUUUAGAAGUCUUGCUAGUACUACUAGACCACUAAAAAAACGCAAGAUAGUGGCUUCUGUAGAGAUGGUUUUAGUGGCCACUUUAGUGUCCUCCCCAAGUGAUUCUUGAGAAGCCUCUUAAGGGGCCACUAUAUAUUUGAGAUGCGAGAAAGUUCAAGAGUUCACACCUCUGCUAGAAAAGUCUCAGUAAGAAUUGAAUAUUUAUAUAUUUUUCACAAGCCUUAUCGAGAAUAUUUGUCUAUUCUUCCCAAACAAGCUGUGCAUCUCUUUUAGCGUUUCCAAUCAGAAUAUUAAUUUAAAAAUGAACCUUUUUUCUUAUUUUUUAUUCAUAUCAAAAAAAAAAAAGACGUGGAGCCCGUGGUACUGUAGCGACGCGCAAGGCUGUGGGGUCAACGGGAAAACGAUCCGAUGGAUUUUCGAGCACAAUGAAACGGCUUAUUGGUCAGUUUUCGUAUCAGGGAUUAUCUUUGCGGUGUUUAGGACCAAACUUGAUUAUGGACCUCCCUGCGGGAACGAUUUGCCCUGUGUGAACACGUCGAAGGCUUGUUUCUCCGGCUACGCGUCCGAAUAUGGCCAUUGUUUCGAGUCAGCUAGUUAACCCAUUAUUGAGCUACAUAUUGGAGUUCGAUAAAAUAUGCAGUUAUUUUUUAAAUCCCUUUCACUUCAACAAAACCUAUUGACCUCUAAAAAAACGCAAAAAAAGCUUCACACUAUGGGGGCCGAACCCACGACCUCUUUAUCCACAAUCCGAGCCUUACCCAACUGCGCUAUCUUGCUGGAACCUUCCUAAGCCUGAAUUUCCGUAUACGAUUCAUACGAGAUGAGUUACGGAAUCUUUUUACGAAAAUCGAAAAUCCUGAACUUGGUUUUCCUCCUCCAACUUCUUGAUCUGAAACUUUAAAAUUAUCCACUCCCACUAUAAGAAAAAAUUGAUCACCGUAUUUUUUAUUUUUCACUGUUCCCAAUUUUUUCAAAAUUCAGAAUUUUAAGAUCAUAAAAAUUUAGAUUUCUUGCUGAUUCCAAUGAUACCCAACUCUCUGGACAAUCGUUUUGACCGGAAAAAAUCGUUUUAAAAAAAAUAGCGUCCUCUGCUUUUCCCGAUUUUCGGACUUUAGUCUUCCAAGCUAUAUUCAUUUUUUGCUGACGAAAAUUAUUCUCCCGAGCAAAAUAUAAAGAGCGGAGCAUUUAUAACUAUGACGAUAGCAACCAUGAAUCUCUUUUCUUUUUUUUCCCAUUUUCAUUCCAAAAAUGUUGCGCGUAGUGAUCCUGCUUUUUUGCUCCAUCCUUCUCAGUUACGGUAGGUGGAUUUAUUCUCUUGUCGAAGUGAUAAUUCCAGGCUUUUCGUACGUCAAGUUUUAUGCCUAUCGGUUUACUCCGGGCUGGAAAAAGACGACCAGCGAAGACGAGUCUCGGAACUAUUGUGAUAAUUUGACAAUCUGCUGGGUAUGUCAACUUCCAGCUUCUCCCCAAAAACUUUAUGGAUACUGUAGGCUUUUUUUUAUCGUUUCGAGACCAUUUUCGAUCAUUUUUUGGUGAUAGCAGUUUCAGGGCUACGUCAAGGCUCCCACAACGGAUUACUACAUGACCAUGUACGGGUUUCCCGUUAUAGUGACGCCAGAAUUGGAUCAAGACGUGAUCGCCCGGAAAAACGGAACACUUUUCACCGUUUUCAUGAAGAUCAACAACUUCUCUGGGACCUGUCCUCCUUCGCUCUUCGACUUUCAAACGGUAUACAUUUAUUUUUGAUGUUUUUCGUUCAAUGACUUCAUAGAGCUGGUCACGGUCGGCUUGACCCAUCGAAAAAUGGGAGCUUCAAAUUUUACGCUUCAUAAAAUCCAACGCCCUGUAAAUGCUUGGGAGCUGCAAAUCCAACGCCCUGUAAAUGCUUGGGAGCUGCAAUUUUGACGCUUUAAAAAUGCUUGGGAGCUGCAAAUGCUAUGCUGGGGGACCGCAAUUUUUACCCUCUAUGAAACCUUAGGAGCUGCAAAUUUAGAUCUUGGGAACUGCGAAAAUGAAGCUCUAUGAAUUCUUGGGAGCUGCAAAUUCAACAAUGUUAAAACGUUUGGGAGCUGCAAAUUUGAAGCUCCAUAAAUUCUUGGGGGCUGCAAACUCGAUACUCUUUAAUGAUUGGGAGCUGCAAAUUCGACUUUUUAUAAUAUCUUGGGAGCUGCAAAUUCAACGCUCUCUAAAUGCUUGGGAGCUGCAAACUCAACAAUAUAAAUGCUUGGGAGCUGCAAAUUUGACUUUUUAUAAUAUCUUAGGAUCUGCAAAUUUGACGCUCUCUAAAUUUUUGAGAGCUGCAAAUCUACCGCUCUAUUGACACUUGGGAGCUGCAUAUUUGACUUUUUUGUAAUAUCUUGGGAGCUGCAAAUUCAACGCUCUAUCAAAUUUUGAAACUUCUCCCAUUAUUUCAUUUUUUUGGGAGCUGCAAAUGGUUUUCAGACUUUAUUUUUAGGGUGUUUGAGUUUCAGUUCGACGAAUAAAAGUAUAAAAACUAGCUUUUUUCUAUUUUUUCAAAUCUCAUGUUUGAAAACCGCGAGCCAUUUUUCUCGUCCCCAAACUGAAUCUGAAUAUUUUGAAGCCCUGGAGCGACUGGUACUGCACCAACAACACGGCCUGCGGAAUGAACGGGCAUUUUAUGCGAUGGAUUUCGAAACCCAACGCAUCUCAGUUUAUGUUAGUUUUUAGAACUCUGAGGGAAAAAAAAUGUAAAAUUCCUAGGAUCAGCAGUGAAACCGAUGGAGGCUGUGGAAGUGAUUUACCCUGUCCCGAUGAUUCCUGCGCGACUGGCUACACCAUUUCCGAUGGAAAAUGCGUUGAAAAUAGUUGA